AUGCCCAUCCAGGUGCUUCUCAGUGGGAGGAAACUACCUCUGAAGAAGAUCAGGAUACAGAUGAUACAGAAUGGUGAGUAUGUGCUUUUUGUGAUUUUGUGCUUCAUCAAGAUAAAAGCAAUAAGACCUCGAGAACAUCUAAUCGAGGAGUGCGACGCGAGACGCCGGAGCUUCCCGCACCGCUCGCCCCUCGGUAACAUCAGCGGAGACGCCAGAAUAACUCCUGAAGGAAGGAGUGAAGCUGGAGCAGCUGCCACCUAUAGUAAGAUCCCACAAAAACAAAAUGACGUCUCCGUGCAGAAAAAAGACAAAGGAGUGACGGGCCUGCGUAACCUAGGAAAUACUUGUUAUAUGAACGCAGUUCUACAAUGUCUGAGCAGCACCAUCCCGCUUGUAGAAUAUUUCUUCUCCUGGAAGUUUGAGAAGUUUAUUGUUGGAGAGAAAAAAGAACUAGUGACUGUGUUUGCUAAACUAAUGGCGGACAUGUGGUUUGGGAAAGAACAGAGCGUGUCGCCAGAAGACUUCUUGUCUGUGAUGUCUAAUGUACAUCCACCUUUUGGGAAACAUUCUCAACAAGAUGCUCAGGAAUUAUUGAUUUACACCCUGAAUGCAUUACAUGAAGACCUAGCAAAUAAUGUUAAGAAAACUCCUUCAGACAUUGCAGGAAGCAGCAGUAGAGGAAGCAUUGCCUCCGAAUCUCUCAUCACCUGCUUAUUACAGGGAGUCCUCAGGCAUACCACAGCUUGCUUGGAAUGCGGAAACACAAGUCACAAAGAUGAUGUUUUUACUGUACUGUCCCUUCCUAUAGCCUCUGGAAAUGAAACCUCUGUCCAGGAAUGUCUUGAAUGCUUCUUUCAACAAGCAAUGCUGACCAGGACAGAUAAAAUAUUCUGUCCCUUUUGUAAAAUUAAGCAAGACGCUUCAGUCAAAGCUCAGAUAUGGAAACUUCCUAAGAUUUUAAUACUCCAUUUAAAGAGAUUUGAAUAUAAAGGCCGUCUGAAAAGAAAGCUGAAGACAAAUGUAGAUUUCUCUCUGAACAAUUUGGAUCUGUCUCCGUUUCUCUCAACAUUUAAUGUAAAACAACAGAAGUACAAGUUAUAUGCUGUGGUGAAUCAUUUUGGAGAUCUAGAUUUUGGCCACUACACCGCAUUUUGCAAGCAUCCUGGAACCAAAGAGUGGAAUGCCUUCGAUGACAAUAGGACUUUCCAUAUUUCAGACUCUAUGGUACAAACAUCAUCAGCUUACAUACUGUUUUACACUAGCCAAACCUUCAGCUUCCCGAAGAAGACAUCCUCCUGCACUACAUGCUGA